AUGACGGACGUCCUCGACCACAUCCUCACCGGCAACCGCCACUACCGCAACCAAACCCUCACCCACGACCCCACCUUCUUCGACACCCUCAGCAAAGGCCAAAGCCCAAGCGUGCUUUGGAUCGGCUGCGCCGACAGCCGCAUCCCCGAAACCACCAUCUGCGCCAGCCAACCGGGCGAGCUCUUCGUGCACCGCAAUAUUGCCAACUGCGUGCACGCGGGCGACAUCAACGCGGCGAGCGUGGUCGAGUAUGCGGUGACGCAUCUCAAGGUCAAGAAGGUGGUCGUGUGCGGGCACACGAGCUGUGGGGGUGCGGUGGCGAGUCUGGGGGAUGCCGAGUUGGGCGAGGUGUUGGAUAGUUGGUUGCAUCCUGUGAGGGAACUCCGCCGCAAGCACAAAUCCGAACUCGAUGCCCUACCCGACGACAACGCGCGCGCCGUCCGCGUCGCCGAGCUCAACGUCCGCCAGUCCAUCGAGGUGCUGAGACGGCAUCCCGCCGUUCGAAGGGCCGCGUCGGACCGUGGAUUGACGGUCCACGGCUUGAUCUACGAUCUCGGGCUUGGGGAGUUGAGGGUGUUGGAGGAGAGUGGGAAGGGGAAGGGAAACGGGCUUUGGAGUCCCAAUUAG